AUGACUUUAGAAAAAAUCGCCAUGACCCAGCGUGCUAUGGAAGAAGAACAACAAGCACGAAUUGGAAAUCAAAAAUGGACUCAAUACUUGGCUGCCUUUAUUGCGACAAUUGGUGGGUUCAUCGCGGGUACGGCCCUAGGAUGGACAGCUCCAGCUGGUCCAAUGAUGAAGAACAAUCAGUAUUCAUUCGUUAUAUCAAUCGAGAGUCUCGCGUGGAUUGGAGCGUGUAUGCCACUCGGUGCCAUGCUUGGGUGUCCGGUUACAGCUGGCUUAGUCGACAAAUUGGGACGUAAAAACAUGAUGAUAAUGUUGUGCAUACCAACACUCGUUGGUUGGGCAAUGAUGAUAUGGGCAGAAUCUGUGGCAUGGAUCUGUGCUGGUAGACUUUUGACUGGAUUCGCCAGCGGUUCGUUGUCUGUUAUUGUACCCUUGUACACAUCUGAAAUAGCCGAAAAGGAAAUUCGUGGUACUUUGGGUACAUAUUUCCAGUUACAAGUCACCGGAGGAAUUUUAUUCACCUAUGUCAUAGGAUCUUAUUUCGAUAUAUUUGGUCUGACUAUUAUUUGUGCUAUCAUUCCAAUUGCAUACGUGGCUUUGAUGGUUUUAAUUCCAGAAAGUCCAAACUUCCAUCUCAUGAAAGGAAACGUAGAAAAAGCCCGUUUAUCUUUAAGAUAUUUCCGCGGACCUUAUGGCACAGUUGACCAAGAAUUGUCUAUAAUGCAAGACUCGUUAGCGAAGACUGAAAGGGAAAGAGUUCCGUUAAUGGAAGCUUUUCAAACAACAUCAGCCAAACGCGGUUUGUUUAUUGGUCUCGGAGUUAUGCUUUUGCAACAAUUUUCUGGAUGCAACGCUGUCAUAUUCUACGCUACGUUUAUCUUUAAAGAAGCCGGCAGCGCAAUGGAACCAAAUACGUCCACAAUCAUCGUUGGUAUUAUGUCGGUUAUUGCCACCUAUGUUUCUACACUGAUCGUUGACAGAUUAGGAAGGAAAAUUCUUCUUUUGAGCUCAAUCAUUAUCAUGGCAAUCUGUACGUUGCUAAUUGGUGCCUUCUUCUACAUGAAGGCUAACGAAUACGAUGUAUCAUCAAUUGGAUUUAUUCCACUUACGUCCAUGUGUGUGUUCAUAAUCCUGUUCUCUCUUGGUUUUGGUCCCAUCCCAUGGAUGUUGAUUGGUGAAAUCUUCCCGGCACAAAUCAAAGGUACCGCUUGCUCCGUCGCCUGUAUGGCCAACUGGUUCUUCGCUUUCAUUGUCACGAAAUUCUUUUCGUCGUUGGUAUCUGCUAUUCAUAUAUACAAUACAUUCUGGUUAUUCACAUUGUUCUCCAUAUUGGGUACGUUCUUCGUAAUUUGCAUCGUCCCCGAGACCAAAGGCAAGACGAUGGACGAAAUUCAAGAAAUGCUCGGCGCGGGCAGUGAUCUCACACCACCAACACAUGCCAAUGCUUCCAUCGACACCAAAGGAAAAUUCUAA